CUCUAAGCAAGCGAAUCCACCUUCCCCUCGCCCGUUCUUGGAAAUCGUAAUCUUAUCGGAGCUGUUCCCGUCCCCCAACAACUUUCCCGGCCGAGGCGACGAAAAAUGAACCGGAAUUCGGGGUCACAUCGCGGCCCCCGCACCGGCCGCGCCGUUCACCGUCGCAGCAGUGAUGAUGGUGUUUCCUCGGCCAGUGGUUCUGAUGGGAGUAAGGACGGAUUGCACCGGCAGUGGAAGGUCAAAGAAAGGGGACAGGUAAAGGAAAUUAAGGCAGACACUGAGGGUUUUGGUGUUGGGAGAACUCGACAAGCUGAGCCAGAGGAUUGUGUUUCCUCAUCUGAGGCAAAAGUUCCUUCCCUCAUCAAUCACUCCUCACCACGAAAGCCGAGUUUUACCGCCAAAGAAGAUGAGUGGACUCUUGACAAGAACGAUCCUGAAACUUCUUCAGGUCGCGGUGAUUCGUUGCAACCUGGGGAACUGAUAGCAGUCGAGCAUUUCGAUAUUUUCCUGCCGUCCUCUGGGACGCCAGCGAUGUUGAGGCCUUCCUUGUUAGCAAAGAACAGGGAGAAACGGAAUGAAAUGAAACGGUCGAUGGCAGGGCAGGACAUAGUUGUGUUGAGGCCUGGGAUGGUUCUUAUAAAGAACUUCUUACCCUUUGCUGAUCAGGUCAAAAUCCUAAAGCUGUGUCGUCGCCUCGGUCUGGGGCCAGGUGGUUUCUACCAACCAGGUUAUCGUGAUGGCGCGAAACUGCACUUGAAAAUGAUGUGCCUUGGUAAAAACUGGGACCCUGAGACAAGCAAAUACGGAGAGGAGCGGCCAAUUGAUGGAGCUAAACCUCCCGAGAUUCCCAGUGAGUUUCUCGAUUUUGUCAAGAAAGCAAUUGAGGACUGCCAUGCUUUUUUAAGGGAAAAGACCAAGGAAGGGUUUCCCGAACAAGUGAUUCCAGGGGUAUCCCCAAACAUUUGUAUCGUCAACUUUUACUCUGCAAGCGGACGACUUGGUCUACAUCAGGACCGAGAUGAGAGGGAGGCAAGCCUUAAGAAGGGAUUACCUGUCAUAUCCUUUUCUAUUGGAGACACAGCUGAAUUCUUGUAUGGAGAUCAAAGAGAUGUUGAUAAGGCAGAGAAGGUAUUGCUGGAAUCAGGAGAUGUCCUGGUGUUUGGUGGAAAAUCGAGGCAUAUUUUUCACGGGGUUGCUUCAAUAAUGACGAACUCAGCAACGAAAAUUUUGUUGGAAGAAACAAAUCUUCGACCAGGUCGACUGAAUCUAACAUUCAGAGAGUACUGAAAAGUGGUUGGUUUUGCCAUGUAUAGCCUUUCAGAUUCUAUUCGCUAUUUGCUUGCAUACAAAGAGGAUAUGUGACAGGCUUGUGUUUAUUUCAUUGCAAGUAUGAAGCUAUGUUUAGCAUAGGUAUGAUGUGUUCGUGAAUCAGUUGCAGACGCUCUGACAUCCGUUUGAUAGUAAAUGAUUAUGAGGGCCUCAAUUGGCUUGAAAACAGCUUUACGGAUAUAGUGAAUGUUCGGAUCAGAUUGUUUUCA